UCCCCGUCUAUAUUCCGUUCUUUUAUUUUUAUAUCUUUUUUACAACAGCCCCUUUUCCCCCAACACUCGGCCUAAUGGAAGCCACGAUGGACGACUAAAGCUCCCGGCUACCCGAUUCCGCCCCUUUUUCUUCACCCUCGGAUCGAGUGGACCGGAUGAAACCCAACUGUGGUUUUCUCCGCUUCGCAGGGGAGGUAGCUGUAUCCAGUGGGGAGGUAGGCUCAACCAGGGCAGGACAGAAUGAAGUUCAUCGAACCCUGGGGACGCCAGAGGCUGUCUUUUCUCCUGGAAAAGGCAGCCUCUAGGGAAGCCAAGAUGUGGAAGGUCUACGUGCCAAAGAAGCCCUCCUCACAGGAUACAGACAUCUCCCCGGCCCAGCGGGAUGAAGCCGUUCGCUGGCUGACGGAGCUCCACAGCAGGUUAAAGCUCUACCCAGAGACCCUGGUGUUAGCCGUUAGCAUCCUGGACCGCUUCCUCGCUCCCAUCAAGGCCCGUCCAAAGUACCUGCGCUGCAUCGCCAUCGCCUGCUUCUUCCUGGCUGCCAAGACCUGCGAGGAGGAUGAGUGUGUUCCGUCUCUGAGAGAGCUGGCCGCCUCCAGCAGCUGUGGCUGUUCUCCGUCAGAGAUCCUGAGGAUGGAGAAGAUCAUCCUGGACAAACUGAACUGGGAUCUGCACACCGCCACCGCCCUGGACUUCCUGCACAUCUUCCAUGCGAUGGUGUUGUCGUGUCGGUCCGGGUUUUUGGACUCCAUGUUGGUACUGAACCGAUCUCAGCACCUGGCCCUUCUCACCCAGCGACUCUACCACUGUCUGUCUGACCACACCCUCAUACAGCUCAGAGGAUCCAUGCUGGCUUUGGCUCUUCUCACCUUGGAGCUGGAGACUCGCUGUCCUGAUUGGCUGGCUCUGACCAUCGACCUGCUGAGGAAGGGACAGAUCGACAGCUCUGAGUUGAUUCGCAGUCGUGAGCUGGUGUCUCGUAGUCUGUCCACACUGAGAGCUUCCCUGCCUCCAAACACCGUCUACAUCUACCAGCCCCUGCAGCCUCCGGCCCUGGACCGCACACGGAACAUCACCUCCACCGCUGAGUCUUCCAGGGACCACGCCCUCACCGCCGCCCAGCCCCAGACAGCUGCUGGUGGGGGGGAGAAGAUCCAGCAGCCCUGGAGCUCCUCAGCAGACAGCAGCAUCCCAGCUCUGCUUUCUCCUCCACUCCUGCACCACCCCAACCACCUGCAGAAGGUCACGCUGCGAUGCAAGGCCUCCGCCAAGCGAAAGGUGGAGGAGAUGGAGGUGGACGACUUCUACGACGGCAUCAAGCGCCUCUACAACGAAGACACCACCAACACCACGGCCGUCCAGGAGGGGGCGUCGUCUGGAGGGGCAGGAGGAGGAGGCCUCGGCGUCUGCAGUGUCCUGUUGCCCCGACAGGAGGGCAACUCCUCGCCCUGCCCGCCUCUGCAGCCCGUCAGCGCCUCCUAGAGACCAAACCGGAAGCUGCUCGCCGAAACUGCCUUGACGCCGACGACACCUUCAAAUGAAACCCCGAAAAUUAGCGACAUGUACGGGCAACUACCUCAGAAAUAAGCAACGAGGACGGAGAGAGAUAUUCCAUGUAUCAAAAUCAAGACAGUGGCAGCUCCGAAGCAAAAACAUUGCCCAAGAAAUGAGUAAACAACGCGGCAUUAACCCUGUCGGCAGUCGAAGCGGUUUCGGUCGACCUGCAGUCAACUCCCAUCAUCCCCUGCAGCCGAAAAACAGAGCGCAAAAAAAAUCAAAACAUUCAAAAAAUUAAAAAACCUGCUGCUGCUACUCUUAUUAAUUCUAUUUGUUGAACAUAAAAGGUUUAAAAAAAUACAUAAAUAGAAAAAUGUUACCUUAAAAAAAACACAAAAAACCUAGAAUUAACUUCUGUUCCCCGUGUCUCACUCACCGCCCCGGUUUAUUUAAAUGUCAUCAUCUGUCAACUUAUUUAUGUCUUCCAACUCUUUUCUUUCUUUCCUUUCAUAUGUUUGUGUUUUUUCUGUCCUCUUUCCCUCCUCACUCUGCACGUCUUCAUUUAAAACCUCAACAGGAAGUGUGAAUGUGAAUAAAUAGACGAUUAUCUGCAGUAUUCGCCCAGAUAAAAGAGAAAAGGUGUGUUUUUUUUGUUUUGUUUUCUUUAAAUGAAGUGCCAUUUUCUUGUUAAUAAGAUGCUAAUAUAAAUCUCCCUCCUGUGAAUUCCCUUUUUCCUCUCUAAAGCUUUGUUGUGGCGACUCGACUAAAUGAAGUUUCUCAGGUUGUUUUAUUCACGAAAAUAUCAAAAAAGCCUCUGAAGUUGUAGCUUAAAUGCGGUUGCGUUCCACAGGUCAUUAUCGAUCAUUUCCUGUUUGUUUUCUGCUCUGGUUCACAUUUUCUAAAAGCUCCUUACCUUAAAAAGGCAACAAUCAGCUGGUUCGUUAUCUAGAAAUAGCACAAAGAGUCUUUCUUCUUCCUGAAAUGAAGGCUGCACAGCGAACCAUGCUGCUGUUUUCUAUAGUUGGAUGUCUCCUACUUUUACAGGCAGCCAGUAGCUUCCAUUUAUUUACCUGCAGAAUUGGCGCUAAUUUUGUUAUUUACUGAGAUUGAUCAUUGAUUUUCCUACUGUAUGGAGAUAAAUCGGAAGCAUUAGAUGGUGGAAAUAUUAAAAAAAAACAUCCAAAAGUUGAUUCAAAUUGAAAACUGGUUUAAUUCUUGAAACUAUUUCUAGAUAACGAGCCUAGAAAAUGUACGUGCUUCAUAGAAACUUAAUUUGAAACCACAGCAACGAGUGCAAGUUUAAAAACUCCAGUCAAAUUCCUCGUUUUUAAACUAAUCCAGCUAAAGUGAUCCUAUUAACUCUGACCCUGAGUUUGCAUUUUUUGGUUCAUAAUAAUAAAAAAAAGGUCAAAACUUAAGCUGAUAGACAGGAAUGUGGUUUUCCAGUCGGUGUCUGAACAUAAAGAGACUAAAGCUACAACAUGCUCUGUUUUUAUCUCUUCAAGUUCUGUUUAAUAUAUUUUUUCUAUGUGCAAAAAGCUCUGUUGUUCCUGCUGCGGGGAGUCAUUGGAGGCUACCGCAGGUCCCUGAACGCACCACUGAAUAAAGAGUAUGACAACUGA